AUGGCGGCGCCUCCAGCUCCACCAGCUGCUGAUGCGUCAUCGGCACUAUCAGUCACCCCAUCAUACAGACGCAACGGGAAACUGUUCAGCUGUGAGCCAUGUCGGCGCGGUAAGCUGCGCUGCGAUCAUGCUUCUCCUGUCUGCGGUCGUUGUGCUCGAAGGAACAAGGCUGCUGAUUGCAUCUACCACCCUGCACCAUUGACAAAACCUCGACCUAACCCAGCUGUCGGACCGCAACGCACAUCAUCGUCUGAUUCGUUUCGGCAACCUCAUCUGAGCCCAUAUCCCACCGUAAUUGACAGGCCGCUUAACGGGAUUGUAAGUCCGCCAUCGAGCAGCAGUACCCCUGCGUUGGACCACCACACUUCACGCGUAGCGGAUAGCUCGUCGCUGAAACGACACUCCGUAGCGCAAUCACCACUUUCAAACCCAAUCGCAGCAGGAUCGCCACUGAGCCGUGUACCAACAUGCUCUUCCAGCAACGAUGACAGGCGAAGAACGGCCUGUGGUGGAUACGCAAGUCCGGAGACAGCCAUGUCGUAUCGAGACAGGAGGACAGGCUUCCUCGGCCCAACAAGCUAUUCUGCGGUGUACACGGAGAAUCCAACUAUACUCGAGACACCGGGCAUUGAGGACGCUCCGGACGACUUUCGAGCAAUUCCCUCCGACAAGAUUCAACAAGGCGCGGAAGUUCUCUCGACGCUCAGAGACAUCCCAGUGUACAGAAGGUUUACCCAGCGCUUCUUUGACCUUUCUGAUGGCAUCUGUGUGAUUCAACCUAUAUUUCAGAUCUGGAUCGAUGAAGUGUGGAAUGAGUUUGGUCAUGUCCUCGAAGAAAGCGACCCCACGCAACUCCGAAAUUUAUCAGAGUUGGUGUGGCAUAACACGCGAAGGCCUCUUAAGGUUCACGGGAAGAUGACCGCGCGAGAAUGGGCAAAGGCCGCAUCUGGACGAAACCUCAAAUGGGAGGUCGUUGGUGUGAUUUUGUCGUUGGUCGGGCUCACAGCGAUCAAUCUCAGCAACUGGGAUACAAUCUUCGACUCUAUCCGGGAACGUUUCGUCGAUCGAGCUACCUUUGCAGAACGCAUGCGCCGGGCAUCGGAAUUCUGCUUGUGCUUCUGCUACGAGAGUGAAGUUCUCAACGAUAUCUAUGUGUGCUUCAUGUUUGAGGAUCUGAUCCUGGUCGAAUGCUUGAAAGGCGAUGCACAUUACGCUGCUUGGCAAAGGACCGGAGAAGUCUGCGACGCAAUUGUGGCUCUGGGGUUACAUCAAGGCAACCGCGUGGACGCAGAGACGCCGUUCUUCUUGGCUGAGCUACGUAAAAAGCUGUUCAUAUCAGCAUACGGCCACGACAAGGUUGUUGCAACCUUUCUAGGACGUCCACCGAGACUUUCACAACGGUACUGUCAUAUGGAGUACCCCUUGGAUCUGUCUGACGACGAGCUGUUCUUACAAGGCGAUGAACUUGAUGCAGUUUUGUCGGCCCUUGACGAGGGUGGUUGGAAUACAAGCGGUAACCUCAACCGUGCAACGUGGCUGAGAGUCUGGUUCUGGCACUGUCAACUCCGCGAGGACAUCUUAGAAAUCGCUCUUGGAUCCAAUGAGGAGGGACUGGCGCUACAGGCCGACCAAGUGCGAAGAAAGAUGGAUCGCAUGAACGCGUCUAUGCCUGACUUCAUGCGAAUCCCGCCCGAGGAGAUGUUGAAAGGCUCCGAGACGUUCAACCAGCAGCUGAACCCGUACGCAAAGGCCGACAAAACGAUGCGUCAGGUCAAUGCAGUUUUCAUGCUAUGUAUUCAUACGGGAAUGGUGCACACGGAGUUCUUGCUGCAGAGGGCGCUCAUAUGCCGACUCCGAGCAGACACAAAACAAUGA